UCCGCGUGGGCGCUCCAGCAGCCUGAGCGCAGCCACCACCACCACCACGGCACGGGGACCGCGGCCGCGUUUACGCUCCCAGCUCUUUUGAAAACGUUUUCACCGGUAACGUCAUGGGUGUAAAAGCCGCCUGCUGCUUUCUGUUCGCGCUCGCCACGCAACCAGGUGUUGCGGACAGCAUCGUGGUGACCACCACUCCACCAACUGUGGAUAUUGAGGUCGGGGAAUCUUUAAAAAUAAAAUGCAGCUGGGAACGUGGAAUUUCACGUGUAGAUUCCAACGACCCCCAACUGGCAUGGUUUAUUCCUAUAGAAAAUACUCGACAGAGAAUCCUUUACAAGCAGGGUCGAAUCGAGCAGGUCGAUUUGUCAAAAUUCGGGAACCGCAUCUCCAUUCAGGACGAGUUCACUCUGGUGAUUAACAACACCAUCCCCAGCGACUCGGGUUACUUCAUCUGCACCGUGUCGGCUGGGGUGGAGGGAGCUGGAGAAGCCAAGACAAGAGUCAACGUUUGCUCGCCACCACAAGUACAUAUAAUUGGAAAGCAUGAACCUGUUCAAGCAAACAAAGAUACCGUUGAGAUCGGAAUUUGUGUUACAGAGAAAGUUUUUCCACGGCCAAAUAUUACUUGGUAUAAAAAUACCACCCCAUUUGAUCCAGAGUUGCAUCAGCGUCCCGUCGUGGAGUAUGACGAGAUGGGCUUCAUGACGGUGCGCUCCUCCCUCAACUACAAACCCCAGAAAGCGGACAGAGACGCCACGUACCACUGCCGCAUCAGCUACAAGAUGCCCGGCCUGAUACAAACCAUGGAUUCGCAAAGAAUCAACAUCACAGUUCACUACCCUGCGGAGCGCGUAGAGCUCGUCAUCUGGGAACCCAAGGGGGCCACGCACGUGACGGAGGGCGAUGAUGUCGUCCUGAGAUGCGUGGCGGACGCCAACCCGCCCUCGACCUUCGCCUUCUACAACAAUGGCACCCAGAUACUGGACGGAGUGAUCGGAGACAAGAUGACUUUCAAUGACAUCGAACGCUCCCAGAUGGCGGAAUAUUCAUGCGUCGCUCUCACGAACAUCGUAACCGCCGUGCCCGGAGGGAAGCUGGAGGCAAAGCUGUUCCUGGACGUCCGAGAGGACAAAACGACCACCAUCAUCAUCGCAGUGACAGUCUCUCUGGCGGUGCUGAUCGCGACCGCAACGGUGCUUGGCCUCUUCUACACCAAGAAGCUUUGCUUUGCUUCGAAAGGAGAUAAACCUAAAACGGAAAACGAUAAAGAGGAAGAUAUACCAAUGAAGAAUUCAACCUCGCUGCAUGAAUUCUCGCAGCCGUCCCGGCUGCAACAAUCCCUCAACCCCCAAGAAUAAAGAUUAACACAGUCAACACACGUGUGCCUCGUAACAGUAACAAUAACAAGAACAAGUGUAACAACAACCGAUGGUCCCCUAUAAAAACCCCCUCCCCAAAAAUGCAACACAUAUACAGAACGCGGUUCGCCAUCCCCACGCACAAGAAGCAUCCAUACACACACACACACAAACAAAAAAAUAUAUAUAAUGAGCGGGUUCCGCAGCAACGGAACACGCGCGGAAAGCUAUUCAUAACAACCGGCGCGUUUUGGCGCGUGUCCGUGCAGCGGGCCCGUCACAAGGUGCCGGCUUGGUAGAGUCGGCGGCAGGUGCCGCAUCCGCAGGUGCCUGGUCGUCCGGUUUCUCGGACGUGCCAGCGCCGACCCCCACGGGGGAGGCUGGCAGCCAAGAGGGCUUCAGUCCUGGGGCUCCUGAAGACGGGACAGUCAUUAGCGGAUCAGAGGCUGGUGGUGACCCCGCCCUCCCGGAGUCAGUGGACUCCCCACAUGUUCGGCCAUUUUCGUGAGAGGAAGCGUGCGGAGCAAAAAAUGGCUUUAACCGUGAAGGGUGCACAAACCACCGAUGCUUCCCCCACUUAACGCGCACACAUUGAGGCCGCAUAACCUGCACAAUUUCUACAGGGCCCCUCCAUGGUCGCAACAACUUAGCCGAAGUGGCCAAUGGCACCUGGGGGCAGUGCAACCAUGCUCGGUCGCCCGGGUGCCAUUCGUGCGUGUGUGUCCGGCGCGAUCGCAAUCUCUCGUUUUGUUUCUGGCGAGAGUCAGAGUUUUGCAUGGCCGCCUGCCGUGCCUCCGCCAACCGAAGGAUGUUAAAUUUAACAUGGUCCGCGAGUUUGGACUUAGCAUGAGGCGCGGCAAUCGUCAGCUGAGUCGCGACAGGCGGGUCAACCUCGCGGCCAUACAUAAAAAAAAAUGGCCAGAAUCCGGUCGCCGCGUGAGGAGCCAUCCUGUAUGCUGCCAGGACUCCCCCGAUCCGUAGAUCCCAAUCGGUUUGGGACUCAGAUACCUGGUGGGAUAGCAUGGACGUAAGAGUCCUAUGCAGGCGUUCCACCAUCCCAUCCGUUUGUGGAUGGUAAGGUGAGGUACGAAUUUUUUUUGUACCCAGAAGGCCACAUACCUCGUGUAAAAGGGUACUAGUGAAAUUCUUUCCCUGAUCGGUCAACAACCGUUCCGGAGCGCCCUUGUCGAGGACGUAGCCCUGAACAAAAGCCUCUGCAACGGCUGCUGCGGACUGAUUGGCGAGGGGCCAAGCCAUAGGCCAUCGCGUGAAAUAUUCCACGCCAACCAGCAGGUACUUAUUACCCCUCGGCGUGGAAGGAAACGGUCCCAAAAUAUCAAGGGCGACCAGCUCAUUAACCCGGGUGACCGAAAUAGACUGGAGCGGUGGACUGGCUCCCUUUGCUGGCGGCUUCCGUUGUGCACACUGGGUACAGGACUGCAGCAGAUCGUCCACGUCUCUUGCCAUGCCCGGCCAAAAGUAAUUAAGCUGGAGCAUGGCAAGUGUUUUGAGGGUACCCAGGUGCAGGAGCCGUUCAUGAGCAGCCCAUACAGCCCUACCCCUCAACGUGGAAGGCACCACCAGCCUGUGACGGCGGAUCAUCCCGUCCCAAUGCAUGAGUAGGCCCUGGCACCACCCCCAUGAGUCAACGCCCGACUUCCCUUGACCUGAUCCUUCCGCGCGACGUCGUAGCGCCAGGAGGGUCGCAUCCUCCAUUUGGAGGCGACCCCACUCAGCACUUGACAAGCCUAGUAGGGAAUCUUUCCCUCCCCCCGAAAUAGGACCAGCGUCCGAAGGGGUGUCAACUGCGGCCGCAAGAA